AUAUACUCGAAGUUGGACGUUGGACACAGUAAUCGCUAAAGUCGAACAUCAUCCAGGUCGGCGUUGGGCAAUUGGGCAAAUUGCCCUUAUGAAAGUAUGAAUUUGAUUCAAAAUUCUGGAGCUAAAAUCUGGAUCAACUUCUUCGACUGUGUUGCUGGAUUCUUCCUCGUAAUUCGUCAAUGGAAAGGGAAACAAACGGAAAUCGUUGUGUGCAAUGUGGAUUUAGAACGAAUCAAUUGUUCGUUCUGUACUCACCCGGGAAUAUGCAUCUUAUGAAAUGCGACAACUGCAAAUCCGUUGCGGACGAAUACAUUGAAUGCGAAUUGAUGAUCGUUCUAGUCGAUUUAAUACUGCACAAGCGCCAGGCUUACAGACAUUUGCUCUACAACCUACUCGAUAGAAAUCGCUUGUCUCGCCAGGAUUUAAUGUGGAAGCUUGGUCUUAGUUUUCUUCUUUUGGAUGCUUACAGGUACAUGCUUCUGAUACUAAGUGAUAAACAAUCAUCCAUGAGCUUUUCAUCAACGGUUGGGAUUUUUCAAAAGGCUUUGAUGAAUGUGUCUCUCGGAAAUGUUAUGUUUCUUUCUGCGCUUCAUAUUUUGUCAAGAGUAUUCUUGAGGAGCUCAACUGGAGUCCAUAGGACAUCUGACUUUGAUUCUGAUUUGUUUGUUUCUCAUUGCUUGUGCCGAUACAGGUACGGAGAGUUUUUCUUUGCCAUCAUUAUUUCAAGUUACUUCAAGAUCUUUCUUGUGAGCAUGAUGAUCUGGGAAUUUCCAUCCACAGUGAUCCUCAUCAUAGAUUUAUUUGUUUUAUCAGCCAAUGUAGUAGCAAUUAAAGUGAUCACGGAGUCAACUGUGAGUAGAUGCAUUGGAACUUGCUUGUGUGCUCAUGGAGCUAAGUUUUUGGCCACAAAGCUUUUUGAGAAAUGAAGUUUAAAGGACACAGGGACAACUUCCUGUUACGUGAGAUCAAAUCAUAGUCCAAUAAUUAGUUAUGUAAUUUCAAAUUUAGAAAAUGGAAUGAGCUGGUGAUCUGAAUGGAUGUAUCUUACACAAAUAGAUUGAUGAAAAUUGAAACCUAUUUUCAGAAUUAGGAUCGUAUAUUUUAUAUGGUCCAUAAUUUUGGUAGUGGAUGUGGUGGCUUUGAAAGGGGGUAUAUUUUCUUGUACUAGUUACGUGUUUUAAAAUUGUACCAACUUAGUUACUCUAAA